AUGAUUUUCAAUAUCUGCUCUCUUGGCGAUCUGCCUCCCGAAGCAGCUCACGGAGCUCCACUCACUCUCUCCUCAACUUCCAAUCUGAAGAAGAAUUUUCUUCUUUUGUUUCGAGAAUGUCUAACGGGAAGAAAAGCAACUCGCUUUCUCCGACCGCCGCCUACUUUCCUCCUCGCUCUCCUCCUCACCGCCACUGCCGUCUCCUUCUCCGCCCAUGCAGCGACGACCCAGAGCCCCAUCCGGACGGUGGUCGUCUUGGUGAUGGAGAACCGGUCCUUCGACCACAUGCUGGGGUGGAUGAAGCGCCUCAACCCGGCAAUCAACGGCGUCAACGGCUCCGAAUCCAACCUGCUCUCCACCUCCGACCCCAAGUCCCCCGGGUUCUACUUCGACGACCGCUCCCACUACGUGGACCCGGACCCAGGCCACUCCUUCCAGGCGAGCCGGGAGCAGAUAUUCGGGUCCGACGACACGUCGGUGGACCCGCCCCCGAUGGACGGGUUCGCCCAGCAGGCCUACUCGAUGGACCCGUCCAUGAACAUGUCUAGGGACGUCAUGAGCGGGUUCAACCCGGACAUGGUCGCCGUCUACAAGGCCCUCGUCUCAGAGUUCGCCGUCUUUGACAGGUGGUUUGUGUCCGUGCCAUCGUCGACCCAGCCGAACCGCCUCUACGUGCACUCUGGCACGUCGGCAGGCGCCACCAGCAACAUCCCCGCCCUCCUCAUCAGGGGCUACCCGCAGUGCACCAUCUUCGAGAACCUCGGCGUCGCCGGCCUCUCCUUCGGGAUAAUUGCAGUUGUCCAUGGGCCCAACAGAUCGCCCUUUCCGACGUCCGAGUACCAGCACUCCUCAAUCCCUGCAACACUCAAGAAGCUUUUCAACCUCAGUGCGCCCUUCCUCACUAGGCGAGACGCAUGGGCCGGCACGUUCGAGGGUAUCGUGCAAACUCGCACUCAGCCGAAAACAGACUGUCCAGAGCAACUCCCGACCCCAAACAAGAUCGGGAAAGGCGAGGCUAAUGAAGAUGCCGAGCCAAGUGAAUUCCAGCAGGAGCUCUUGCAGCUUGCAGCAGUGCUGAAAGGUGAUCACAUUUUCACAAGUUACCCCGAGAGGCUCGGGAAGGAGAUGACCGUCAGAGAAGGGAAGGAGUACAUGGAGGAUGCAGUCAAGAGCUUCUUUGAGGCGGGUCUUUAUGCCAAGAAAAUGGGUGUUGAUGGAGAGCAGAUCGUGAAGAUGAGGCCUUCACUCACCACAAGACCAUCAAAUCCCUGAAACAUACACCCCCAAAUAACAGAUGCUAUACAAAAGCAGAGCAGAAAUGUUUGAGCACUGUUAUAAAAUUAAAAAAAAAAA